AUGAGUAUGAUGAUGAUGAAGCUUCAAUUCUGUUUAGCCCUUUUACUGACUACCUUUUCAUGUGUUGCAUUUGCAUUACGUGCAAAUGAGCAAAACCAACAAGAAGCUUUCUUAAGCUGUCUCCAGAAAAAGAACUCAAAAGACAAUACUAUUUCCACCAUCAUUCACACUCCCAAAAACACUUCAUUCAAAUCUGUUUUGGAUGUUUACAUUCAGAACACACAGUUUUUAUCCCCCGAAACUCCCAAACCCAUUGCGAUUUUGACUCCAGAAACCGAAUCCCACAUUCAAACUGCCAUCUACUGCGGUAAGAAGUAUGGAUUGGAAAUGAGGAUUCGAAGCGGAGGCCAUGAUUUUGAGGGAAACUCCUACAUUUCUCAAGUACCCUUUUUCAUACUCGAUAUGUCCAACUUCAGCGUUUCGCCUCAAACCGGAAAGCCGACGGCUUUAGUUAUCUUCGCCGGCGUUUAUCGGGGCGGAGUCGACGAAUUUCUUGCCAUCAUGGAUGAAAGAUUCCCUGAAUUGGGUAUAACAAAAAAAGACUGCAAUGUAAUCCGUUGGAUUCAGUAUAUCCCUUUCCAUAUGGCACAACCAUAUGAAAAUCCUAAGGAAUUCUAUACAAGCAGAGUUCCUCCAUUUGUCUAUGCUUUUUCAGGUAAAUCUGAUUUUCUCACAGAACCCAUACCAGAAGAAGGCGUGGAAAAGAUACUCAACAAGAUUUCAGAGUUACCACCAUUUAGUGCACAAAUGGAAUGGACAUGCUUUGGAGGUGGAAUCAUGGAGAAAAUCCCUGAAUCUGAAACUCCAUUCCCACACAGGAAAGCUUCCAUCAUGUUGUUUGAGAUGGCUAAUUGGACUCCAAAUCCAGAUGAUGGCAGCAGCUCUGAUGUAGCUGAAGCUCGUAAGAAAUGGGUGAAAGAGCUUCACGACAUUGUUGGAGAUUAUGUGGAGAAAAACCCAAGAGCUUCGUAUCCGAAUUACCGGGACUAUGAUUUGGGAAUCAACAAUGCCAAUGGAGAAACCACCAUUGAACAAGCUAAGAAAUGGGGAAUUCCAUACUUCAAAGACAACUUUGAUAGACUUGUCAAAGUGAAAAACAAGGUCGACCCAGAGAAUUUCUUCAGGAAUGAACAGAGUUUCCCUGUCCUUCCAGCUCAUUCAGAGUUAUAA